AAAUCCUGCCCGAAGCAGUUCAGACGGCGUGUAAGAAGUGCACCCAAUCACAGCGGAGGCUUGCAAGAAAAACGUUCGACGCCUUCAAGGGAUACUUCCCAGAGAUACAUGAGGAACUGAGGAAGAGACUUGACCCCAAAAACAAGUACUAUGAAGCCUUUGAGAAGGCUAUAUCUAGCGCUUGAACUUAACCACUGCCCACUUAGCGUUUUACCAAAAAUCAACUGUCAAUAUGAGGGUCCUGGUUGCUUUGUCGUGCUUGGUCGUGGUGGCGUUGGCUGCUGAUAAAUACAACGCUAAAUAUGAUAACUUUGAUGUGGAUACCCUGAUCUCCAACGACAGACUGCUGAAGGCAUACAUCAACUGUUUCUUGGAUAAGGGACGGUGCACGCCCGAAGGAUCAGAUUUCAAAAAGGCCCUCCCUGAGGCGAUAGAGACAACUUGCGCCAAGUGCACAGAAAAGCAGAAGGGUAACAUCAGGAAGGUGAUCAAGGCCAUCCAGCAGAAACACCCCAAGGAGUGGGAAGACCUCGUGAAGAAGAACGACCCCAGUGAGAAGCACCGCGCCAACUUCGACAAAUUCCUCCAGGGAAGCAGCUAAUAAUUUCCACCAUGUUCCAAGACCAUUUAGAUUUAAGACAUAGGUCCUGUAAUAGGUAAAUACAAAUCAUUUGCUUUAACCGCAGUUCGACUGACUCCCAUACAGCUCUCUAUAAUACUGUACCUAGCAACUUCACCUCCCAUAGGAUUUAUCCCGCAUCCCCCAAUAUUUCUCCGUUCCCCGGGAUUUAAAUCCUUGUGAUUUAAUUUAUAUGUAGGCUUUUAGAUUUUAAUCGGAUGACAAAUUGUUGUGUUAUUUAUUGAAAUAUCACGAUGUUGACUGAUAUUAUUGUAAUAAAAUAUGAUUUUAAUAUAA